CAUUAAGCUGCAGAUGAGUGCCCUAGACUUUGAAAGAAGAUAUCGAAAACAAGAUGAAGAAAUUUUGGAGAAAGCGGAUAUGACCGAAUCACAAAUAAAGGCGGAAAUGCAAGAACAACACGAAAAACUUGAACUUGAAAAGUCUGAGCUCAUCCAGAAAAUGGAAUUAAAGAGAAAGGAAGAGGCGGAAAAACUAGAGCUUUAUAAAGAAGACUUGUCAGCACAAAGGGAACAGGAAAGACAAGAAUUAAAAGAAAAAUAUGAACAAAGCGUACGUGACUGGCAGAAGGGAAAAGAAGAUCUUGAAAGCAAUGUAAAGGAACAGGCUGAUGUAAUUUGCAAACUUUGCAAGCGAGCUCAACCUUCGGCGGCAAAUGCACAAGUUCAAAAGCCUCCCUUAAAGGAAACAGUGUUAAAAACAAUGUUUAGCUUUUACCUGUUGUCGGUCCUAUAGCAACUGGGAUUUAUGAACGUUAUUCAUACACAUGAAUCGAAGCUCGUUUGUUUAUAGGCCGUUUUACAUUAACCAGAAAUUUUCCUUUUACAAUAGGUUUUUAAGAAAAACUUAAAUUUUUAGGAUUUAACACGUGUCUUGUCGAACAUUACAGUACGGCGAAUGACAUUUUUUAACAAUAUCAGAAGGAAGAAUCUUUAUCAGUGGAGGAAAUGGAGAUAUUGAAAGAUAUAACUAUAUAUCAAACCAGAACUAUCAAAACUACAAUGGAAGACUGAACAGGGGUGCUUAUUACGUUCU